UGAAGAAAUCCAACAGCUGAUAGCAAAAUCUAUGUGCAAACAGACCCACCCAGCAGUCGCUGUUAUCCCCAAUUUUGGAAUUUGUUUGAUCUACGUUUUGUUCGAAGCCUAUUCGACCAACGAUUAAAAAACAAAGAAAUUUCUCAACCUUUCGCAUUCUCAUCUCACAGAAAUUGAUUCAAACAGAAAGGAAAAGAUCCCUUUUCGUGUGAGGUCACGUGGAAUUGAUCCGCAAAGCCGUUCGAUCGCUCAUAUCCUCUGAAAAGAUUCAUUGCCAUCGCAGAUCCGUGCCUGACCCGGGAGAAUUAGCUUUGUGGAGCUCCAAAUCGAUGGGACAAAUUCUCGAAACAUUCAAAGGGAAGGAAUGGAAAGAAAGGCAAAUCCAAGUGAUCUCGGACAGAGUUUUCGACCGCGUCAAGAGCGACACCGACAGUGCUAAUCUAACGUUCGAAGAGCUCUACAUCGCCGUGCUACUCGUAUACAAUGAUCUCAACAAGCGAUUGCCGGGCCCCCAUUUUGACCCCCCGACAAAGGAGGAAAUCAAGAAUCUGAUCCAGGAGUGCGACGUGAACCUCGACGGAGAACUCAACCGCGAAGAGUUUCGGAAGUUCAUGCGCAGAAUAACGAAGGACACGUUCGUGUCGGUGAGCCAGGGGCUGAUCGUGGCGCUGGCGGUGGCUCCGACGGUGGCGUUGCUGACGAAACGAUCGACGGAGAACGUCCCCGGGAUCGGGAAGGUCGUGCAGAAACUGCCCAAUUCGGUUUACGCGUCUCUUGUGACGGUGGCGAUCGUCGCCGUCCAGCAAGGGGCGGAGAGAUCGUAAGAGGGACGACGAUGAUCGUCUCAGAUGAUCAGUUAUAUAUAUAAAGAUUGUGGGUUUGCAUGGUUGUUGCUAUGGUAAUAAGAAAGAAAGAAUUGUUCUUCUUCUUCUUCUUGCUCAUGUUAAGAUGUCCAGUGGUCGUUUGUAGUCUGUUUGUUUGGGAUCUCUGUAAUUAGGGAUGAUGUUAAUAUGCUUUUGUUGAAUUGAAUAAAUAAAUAAAUAAAUAAAUACUUCUUCUGUUGGGGUACUUUAUCGUA